AACUGGAUGGGGGGAGAAAUAAGUCUCGUUUCUAGUCUUCCAAGGCGUCUUGGCGGGAGGGAAAAGGUGGGGCAGUGUUAAUGACUGUUUCUCCUAGGUGAUUGUCAAUGGUUAAUGUGUUGUCUAGCCAGUGGAAUACAAGAGCCAUCACUCUUACUGUCAAAACAUUCCUGAAGCAGAGGCCUUUCUAAGAGACCGUGUGAACGGCAGGGCCUGUUAACCUCUCCAAGCCCGUUGUCAUCGCUAGUCGCCUUUCAGCCGUUAGGUUGAUCUACGACGGUUUCUUGUUACCAAGAGAAACGCGGUAGCACCCUUCUCCUUUCAAGAGGGCCGUGGAAGGCCGAAUCGCUUCCACUCGGAGGAGGCAGCGCUUUUGUUUUGGCGACCUGAAGAAGGGAGGCUCCCGUGUGCGGAGCGGAACCUUUGGCGUCCAGCUCUUGUUUCCUAGCAGAGCAGAGAUUGAAGCUAGACUCGGUGUGGGGGAACGUCAGGACGGUUUUAAACGUGGGACUCUAAAGAAGAACUUAGUCUGGAAACUUCGCAGAAGACAAGUGAAGAUGGAGAGAAACAACAUUAAUUAGAAACAGAUGACAGUUCCUUUAUUUGGAUAAGACAAGUGUGUCGGAAACUGUUCAUCAGAGCACAGUUCAGUUUUCUGUGAAUAUUGUUAUGGCUCUACCUCUUAAAGUACUGGAUGGUGUCUUCCUUCUAAAUCGAUGUCAUGGGCAAAAUUGCUUAUAUCCUUUGAUUAGGCCUCUUGUUUGCCAUCCAAAAUUGUACAGUAGCUAUAAGAGACCAGGCACACCUCCUGACAGGAUCCCACCAUGGAAAAAGAUUAACUUCAGUUUCCAGAAGGGAGUGGAAGGGAUCAAGACACAUUUUGGACUUUUAGGAAAAGAGAUGACUGACCAUGUAAAGGGGCCUGAGGGACGUCCUUUGAUGGACUACAUGCUGGAACAGGUUCGUGUGGCUUGGGAGUUUCGUAGUGAAGAAGAUUUGAAAAAAUGGGUAAUCUCUUCUGAUGUUGAAAUCGGAGGUAAAAGUGAAGUCUACCUAAAAUUAGGUAGGAAUAAUCAAUCUGCUGUGCUAUAUGGGAACCUUGAUACUACAGUACCUCAGGAUGGAGAGACAAAAUACAGUGGCUAUUGUUCCAUGAGAUCAAAACCACGACUGGUUGCUUUUAAUCGAAAGAGCCCUUAUGAUUGGACAAGUUUCAAUAGCCUGUUCCUACGUGUUCGUGGUGAUGGCAGACCAUGGAUGAUAAACAUCUAUACAGAUCCAUACUUCUCUCAUCACAGGGAUGACCUCUAUCACUACUUCAUGUUCACAAGAGGAGGACCAUAUUGGGAGGAAAUCAGGAUUCCGUUUUCUAAAUUUAUUUUUUCUACACGUGGGAGAGUCCAAGAUAAUCAACAUGAACUUUGGUUAGAUAAGAUCAGUACUUUAGGAUUCACUUUGGGUGACAAAAUAGAUGGUCCAUUCCAGCUGGAGAUUGACUUCAUUGGAUUGCUCAUGGACAGAACACACAUAGAGAAAUCUGCUUAUGAGCUGUAUGAAAGAAAUCCCAAGAAACAGAAACUGAUCAGCUGAAGGACCGGUAUUCAUCAGAACUGAAAACACGAUGUUAUGUUUCUGCAGUUACCUGCCAUGCUGUAGUCUCCCCACACAAGCAUCAGACCUAGAAGCCAAGUUUAGGGUUAGGUAUUAUCACACUAUCUAGGUAUUCUGCUUUAGGAUUGGCAUGCAUUCUUUUCCCCCUCCAUAUGAUGGCUGUGGAGGGUUGGUGAGCAGAACUAGCAUCCUUAUUUUCAUCUUUCCCUUAACCCCUAUCUGUUCAUUACAUGCUAAAUUAGAAUGUUUGAAGUUAUGAACUGGGUAUUUCCUAGAUUUGACAGUUGUUUGAUGUAAUAGCUCUAAAUUAUGUGAUAUUGGAGUGAAAGGAAAAGGAAAUUUGUAACCUGUAAAAUAUUCCAGAUGUUUUCUUAUUCUUGAAAUGAAAUGCAGAUUAGCAUGACUAAUAAAUGCACUGAGUGUGCCAAUUUGUUUGAA